UUAGCUUUCUACAAACCAAGGAGCUCUCGCUGAGCUAGCUUCGCAUCGCUGCCUGUUGUCAAGCUUCGAGAGAAACAAGUUAUUUUUUCAACUGGAAUACAAAGGAAACAACAACAGACGUUAAUGUGACAGAAAGCCACAUUUGAAGAAACCUGGAGCCGCAGUGGAAACCGAUCGUUUGGCUAAACAGUAGCUGAAGUGUUCGCUGAAAAUACACUCCCAAGCAGAGGGGCAAGAAUAGCCAUCCGGUUCCCAAAUCGCAGCACAUCCACUGCGGCAACCCUGUUCUCUGACUCGGGCUACUUUAGGUUUUUUUUAUAUGAGAUUGUUUAGGGAAAAAAGAUCCGGUUAUAGACCAGAAGCUAGUGGGACGACCCACUUUUAGUAUGAAGGGUUGUUAACGCAUUAAAAUGGCUGCUGAGAUGGUAUUUGGGAGAGAAUCGUGCAGUAAACCCUAGAAACGCAUCAAACAACACAUUAGCUACUCGGUCUAACAAACUCUAUUUGUUGAACACAUGAAAAUAUUCAACGAAUAAGCUGCUGAAGCGUUUUUGGUUUCAUUUUAUUGUAUUUAAAUCGUUGUCUGGUGAAGGGAAUUUCGCUCACUCCAUAUCUAUGCAUGCGGUUAACCGAGCAGCUUUAGUUGGGCACACAUUGCAAUUAUUUUAGACCUUUUUAAGUCCUAAUUGUGUAUGCCCACCACUCAACAAAUAUGCAGGACUUCUUUGUUAUAGUUGAAGCGUCCUGAGAAGUCGAGGCUUUCUCCCUGAGGAGGCCCCGCUUGGUCGACCUGGAGGGGAGGAAGAAAGAAGAAGAACCAUGGAGCUUGGAGGAAAAUUCAACCCUAGACUUUUACUGUUCGGGCCGAAGCUAGCUUCAAGGAGCGAUCCGAGGGGAAUCAACAAAUAUCUGGUGGUGUGUGCGUUGUUUUCCUUCGUGCUGUUAACGCACGCUUCCCCUGCGAAAUCCUGUGACAAGAGCUGCAACUCGGGGAAAUGCAUCAACGGCUCCUGCGUCUGCGAGCGAGGAUGGGUCGGAGAUCAUUGCCAGCACUGCCAAGGGAGGUUCAAAUUGACAGAACUGUCAGGGUACCUCACCGAUGGGCCCUUCAACUACAAGUUCAAAACAAAGUGCACCUGGCUCAUUGAGGCAUACCCCAAUGCAGUUCUGCGGUUAAGAUUCAACCACUUUGCCACAGAAUGCAGUUGGGACCACAUGUACGUCUAUGACGGAGACUCCGUUUAUGCUCCACUGGUUGCUGUUUUCAGUGGCCUGAUCGUACCAGAAACACGAGGUAAUGAGACGGUUCCUGAAGUUGAGACGACUUCAGGCUAUGCACUGCUGCACUUUUUCAGCGAUGCUGCUUAUAACCUGACAGGAUUUAACAUAUUCUACUCGAUAAACUCCUGUCCCAAUAACUGCUCCGGUCAUGGGAAGUGCACCCCGGGGAACUCGGCUGCCAGCAGAGUGUACUGUGAAUGUGACAAGUACUGGAAGGGUGAGGCCUGUGACAUCCCCUACUGUAGGGACAACUGCGGGAGCCCUGACCAUGGCUACUGCGACCUCACUGGCGAGAAGCUGUGUGUCUGCAAUGACAGCUGGCAAGGCCCAGAUUGCUCGCUGACUGUUCCGUCCACCGAGUCCUUCUGGAUCCUCCCCAGCGUCAAGCCCUUUGGCACCUCCCUUGCCAGGGCUUCCCAUAAGGCCAUGGUGCAGGAGAAGGUCAUGUGGGUGGUGGGUGGAUACACAUUCAACUACAGCUCAUUCCAGAUGAUUCUGAACUACAACCUGGAGAGUGGCGUCUGGAACACAGUACCCAUCAGCGGUGGCCCUGUGCCAAGAUACGGACACUCGCUUGCUGCCUACCAGGAUGAUAUCUACAUGUUCGGUGGGAAGCUUGAAGCGAGCUGGGGGAACGUAACAGACGAGCUGUGGGUGUUCAACAUACUGAGUCGGACGUGGCAACGCAGAAGUCCUGCCGCCGGCUCGCCAACCCAAGCUCAGGUUUACGCUGUGGAGGGCCACACAGCCCACUGUGUUCAGCUGAGCAGCGGCGAGACUGUUAUGCUGGUCAUCUUUGGUUAUUCUCCUAUCUACAGCUACAUCAGCAACGUUCAGGAGUACAACCUGAGAUCCAAAGUGUGGUUGUUACCUGAGACAAAAGGUGCCAUUCCCCAGGGAGGUUAUGGUCACAGCAGCACAUAUGACAGCUCCAGCAGCAGCAUCUAUGUCCACGGAGGCUAUAAAGCUCUCCCAGCCGGCAAAUAUGGCCUUGUUGACGACCUCUACCGAUACGACGUGAACACGAGGACAUGGUUUAUUCUGAGAGAAAGCGGCUUUCCACGGUACCUGCACUCGGCUGUGCUCCUCAGUGGCACUCUGCUCGUCUUUGGUGGCAACACGCAUAAUGACACGUCACUCAGCAACGGGGCCAAGUGUUUCUCUGUUGAUUUCCUUGCAUAUGACAUUGCAUGUGAUGAGUGGACCCUCCUACCCAAACCAGACCUGCACAGGGACGUCAACCGUUUCGGCCACUCGGCUGUCGUUAGCAAUGGGUCUAUGUAUGUGUUCGGGGGCUUUUCCAGUGUCUUGCUAAAUGACGUGCUCGUAUACCGACCUCCCAGCUGCCAGGCCUUCUUGGCAGAGGAAGGGUGUUUAAUGGCCGGGCCAGGGGUUCGCUGCAUCUGGAGCAGAGGCCGCUGUGUCCCCUGGGAGCCCAGCAUGGCUAAUGGCAGCUAUGUUCCUGUACCUUUCUGUACCUCUAAAAUAGUGACUGUGGACGAGUGGUGCUAUAGGUUCUCAGACUGUGGCAGCUGCACAGCAAACACCAAAGGCUGCCAGUGGUGCGACAACAAGAAGUGCAUCUCUGCCUCCAGCAACUGCACCUCUGGCGUGAAGAACUUCACCGAGUGCCCGGUGCGCAUCGAGCAGGUGUGCAGCAAGCUCGCCAACUGCAAGAGCUGCUCCCUGAAUCUCAACUGUCAGUGGGAGCAGAAUCACUCGCAGUGUCACUCUUUGCCUGCCCAGCAGUGCAGUGAGGGUUGGAGCCAGGUGGGUGACGCUUGUCUAAGGAUCAACUCCAGCCGCGAGAGCUACGACAACGCCCAGCACUACUGCAAGAACCUCAAUGGGAACAUUGCCUCACUUACCACCUCUAAGCAAGUGGACUUCGUCCUUGAGGAGCUUAAAAAGCUUCAGCAGCAAGAGAAGCGACUGUCUCCUUGGGUGGGCUUGAGGAAGAUCAACGUGUCAUACUGGGGUUGGGAGGACAUGUCUCCCUUCACCAAUAGUGCAUUGCGCUGGCUGCCUGGAGAGCCCAGUGACUCUGGCUUUUGUGCCUAUUUGGAGGAGCCUCAGGUUUCUGGCCUUCGGGCCAAUCCAUGCACUGCGACUGCUCAUGGCCUCAUUUGUGAAAAAGCCACUGGAAACCCCAAUCAGAGUAGCCGUUUGUCCUGCAAAAAGCCUUGCUCGCUGCACACAAACUGUGCCAACUGUACCAGCCAGGCAAUGGAGUGCAUGUGGUGUGGCAGCACACAGCGCUGCGUGGACUCCAAUGCAUAUGUCAUCUCCUUCCCCUAUGGCCAGUGUUUGGAGUGGCAGACUGCAGACUGUGUGGCUCAAAACUGUUCAGGACUGCGGACGUGCUCUCAGUGUUUGGAUCAGCCUGAGUGCGGCUGGUGCGGUGACCCUAGUAGCACGGGAAAGGGGCUUUGCAUAGAAGGUUCCUACAGGGGGCCCAUGAAGAGAGUGGCGAAGCAGGGCCAGCAGAGCCAUUCCCAUGACAUGAGCCUGGAGCCUGGCAUCUGCCCCAAAGAUAAAGGCUUUGAGUGGGCCUUCAUUAACUGCCCUGCAUGCCAGUGUAACGGCCACAGCACGUGUGUGAACGGCAGUGUGUGUGAGCAGUGUCGCAACCUCACCACCGGUCCUCACUGUGAGACCUGCAUGCCGGGUUAUCACGGAGACCCGACCAAUGGCGGCAAAUGCCAGGCUUGUAAGUGCAACGGUCACGCAAACGUAUGCCAGGUGUUAACGGGCAAGUGCUUCUGCACCACCAAGGGGAUCAAAGGAGACCAGUGCCAGCUAUGUGACUCAGAAAACCGUUACCUUGGCAAUCCACUCAGAGGAACCUGUUACUAUAACCUCCUGAUUGACUACCAGUUCACAUUCAGCCUCAUCCAGGAGGAUGAUAAUCAUUACACUGCUAUUAACUUUAUGGCCUCACCUGAGCAGGCAAACAAGAACUUGGACAUGUCCAUCAAUGCAUCAAACAACUUUAACCUCAACAUCACGUGGUCCGUGGGUUCAACAGCUGGAACCAUCUCUGGAGAGGAGGUGCCCAUUGUGUCCAAAACAAACAUCAAGGAGUACAAGGACAGUUUCUCCUGUGAAAAGUUCACCUUUAGAAGCAACCCUAACAUUACGUUCUAUGUGUACGUCAGUAACUUCUCAUGGCCCAUCAAGAUCCAGAUUGCCUUUUCCCAACACAACAGUAUUAUGGACCUUGUCCAGUUCUUUGUGACAUUUUUCAGUUGCUUUCUGUCUCUGCUCCUGGUGGCAGCAGUGGUGUGGAAGAUCAAACAGACCUGCUGGGCAUCACGACGCAGAGAACAGCUGAUGAGAGAGCGUCAGCAGAUGGCCAGUCGUCCGUUCGCGUCUGUUGCCGUUUCACUGGAUGCCAUAGGAGAGCUAACAGACGUCCUGCAGCCUGUGGUUGAUGGUGCACCCAAACCAGUGGCAAUGGAGCCAUGUUUUGGAGGGAAGGCUGCUGUGUUAACUGUCCUCAUGCGUCUCCCGUCUGGACUUUCUGACUUGCCUCCACCUGGACAGUCAGGACUGAUUGUUGCCAGUGCGCUGGUAGACAUCUCCCAACAGAAACCAUCAGAUUUUAAAGACAAGUCCCAAGCUUUAAAGAACCGGAAAGCCCUUCCUCCAGCUCACCAAGGGACCUGCGUCUGACUACAUCCGACGGUUACAUUUACAACUAAAGGUCAUAUUGUAGCAUGCCUCAGGUCCCGCAGCUAGAAGCCUUUCCACAGACUUGACAUGCCUUAGUGAAGUAGGAGAUUUCUUUUGGCUGCUACCACUCACCACUACAGCUCCCAUGCUGCAGGACAACAGCCCUGUUUUUCUGCUCAGAUAUGACAUCAGAAUUCCAUUGCCAUCUUCUGUAGCAACCAAUACCUGCUGGGCUUCAGUUUCUUCACUUUCGCCCGAACAGCACGCUCACAUGUUACAUUUAGCACCAUCUGCCAGGAUGUGCGACAGAUUAUGACAGAUCCAGACGUAUUGCAGUGUGACUGAUGAUGGUUUUCUGAUACCAUCUAUUUGCUAAGCAUGAAGGAAGUCUAAAUGUGCAUUUGGUAAUGUCACUACAUAUGAUAGAAAACGGUUGCAGGAUGUCUAGUAGAUUAUUUUUACUUUCUCUUGCUCCCUAAUAAGUGGUACUUUUUGGUGCCAAAGCAUUCCGAUUUCCCUGGUCUGCCUUUUUCUUUUGUUGUAUAGAAUUUUGACCUGAAAAGGUCUUAAUUUAACAACCCAUAAUUAAAUUGCAAAUCCUGACAUUUUUUUUUAAUUUCUAAGCAUAAUUGUUCGUUUGCAUAUGACUCCUCCACCCAGCAAAAGCUAAAGUCUGUAUUUUCUGUGGGAUACAUGAACUAAUGCUGCAGAGGCUCCCUUCCCGUGACAUUUCGGAUGAAAACUUGAAGAAAACAUGAACUAAUAUUUUGUCAUCGAUUUAUGGCAUGAAAAUAUGGAACAAGUUGGAUGCAUUUUUUGGGGGGGGGAGAUUUGGUUUUAUGUUGAUAUUUUUCAGUGUAGGCACUGUUAAAUAAACAGGAAAACACUGAUGUUCUGGCCAGGUCUUUACUGUAGUUUGUAAUGAAAUCAUUUGAAGUGCAACUUGGACAUUUUGAUGCUUUUGAACUGAUUUUGGGAUUGGGGACGCUUUAAGAGGCCACUCCAGAGACGUCCUGCUCUUCUGCCUGUUUAUUAGUUUGUUUUGUAAGUUUUAUAUGGGAAAAAAAAAAAGCUAUAACUUUAUUUCUCCUUUUAGGUACAAGGAGUUGUGCUACCUUUAAAAAUAAAAAUGCCUUGGCUCUUCAUGAGCUCAAACAAUUGGGAACAUGAAGGUCUGAAGCAGUUUCUAAGUUGUACAGUUUCUCAUUGGAACAAAUGUGCAUCGUUGUCUUUCACGAUUGCUGUUUUUUUUUUUCUGUCAGGUUUUUAUGAGACUAGUGAAAACCAUUUUUUUUUUAUUCAGGCCUUGUCACCUGAUACUAUUAUAUCUAUAAUACAUUUUUGCUACACUUGUGAGGAACCUUUCUGUUUGAUAUGUUUUGGUAUUUAACAGAUUCCUGUUUUCUUGCACAUUCUCCUUGACUCAAACGUCUUCUUGUAAUGUCAGCUCUUUGUUUUUCUAUUUGUGCAUCCUUAAAAACUGUUGGGACAUUGUCCUGCUUUGUGUUGCAAAAGUCGUGAUGGAUUUCAUGAUGAUGCUAUGCCAGCUAAUGUGUUUGUUUUUCCUAUUUUUUUUGUGUUUGUAAAGUAAUCCUUUAACAGUGUCUUUUGCACAGGAGUCAGACUCACGCUGUUCUGUGAAACGAAUGACAAACUUGCAUAUCAGUAAUCGUCAGUGUAUUUGAGAGAUGGACAACAUGCCAGAAAAUUAAAAGAAGAAAUAUGAGAACAAAAAAAAAA